AUAGAGUCCCAAGAACACAAGUUAUAUUAACAGGUUUUGUUGGAUAUUCGAAAAUGAAUAUCGUCUACAUCUCCGUUAUUCUCUUUAUUCAACCUCUACUCCUUCACUCUGCUAUGCCAACCUGCCCCGAAAGUUUCAGCUGCCAAAGUUUUUCCCCAUUCAAGUACCCAUUUUACAAUUCCAAUAACACACAAUGUGGGUUAAUCCAAGUCAACUGUACUCCAAAUGGUGGGGAUAUUCAACUUGGAGGACAGUCAUGUACGAUUUUGUACAAGUUGGAUUCUAACUCUUCCUUCUUCAUCUAUAACAAAACAUUUGAAAAUCUUCUGAAAGAAGGAAACUGUAAGGCGCUAACGCAUAAUUUCACUUCUCCAAGCCCUCUUUUGUUUUCAUUUUCAAUAAGUCCCUUCAUCACUAUCUUCAAAUGCCCCAAAAAUCUCAGUGAUGUUCAACAAACAACUGAUGCUUACUUUGACAAAAGUAAUUUCAGCAGUCACAGCAAAUGCGAAGAUCACAAUUAUUUCUACUAUAAGCAUUACAAUAAUAUUUCAGGAGUUCCAAGCAAUCUCCCAGAUACAUGUCAAGUAAUACAGUUGCCUUUGAAACAGAGUUGGCAAUUUGGCCCCGAUGAGAACACGGAUAAAGCAGAGAUAUUCCAUCUUUUUUCUUCUACCUUCUCUAUUUCAUUUCCUCUGUCAGCUACCUGUGAGACGUGUCUAAAAAACGGCAGCCAUUGUCUGAAUAGUAAUGGACAGAUUCAGUGUUUUGACGUCAAAAAGGAAAAACCAAGCAAAGGACAUACAGUGAUUCUAGCUCUGGCUGGAUUUGCCUUCAUUCUCAUGAUCUGUCCGCUCAUCUUCAUAAUCUGGCGAUGUUGUAAAAGCAACCCCUUUUCAUAUUUCUCUUCAAAGCACAAAUCUCCAGUCCUUGAAGACGAUGGUAGUCUCUUCUUAGGCGUCUAUGUUUUCUCAUACAGUGAGCUUGAAGAUGCCACCAAGAAUUUCGACCCUUCUCACGAACUAGGGGAUGGAGGUUUUGGAGCGGUUUAUUAUGGUAAACUCCAAGACGGGCGAGAAGUUGCAGUAAAGAGACUGUAUGAACAUAACUAUAAGCGACUCCAACAAUUCAUGAACGAGGUUAAAAUCGUGACCAAAUUACGUCACCGGAAUCUAGUAUUGCUCUAUGGGUGCACCUCUAGACAAAGCCGUGAACUUCUUCUAGUGUAUGAGUACAUUUCUAAUGGCACUGUCGCAGAUCACCUUCACGGGAAACACAAAAAUCCAAGCCUGCUCAAGUGGCCAAUACGUAUGAGCAUAGCAAUAGAAACAGCCCGUGCAUUAGUGUAUCUUCAUGCCAAUGAAAUUAUACACAGGGACAUAAAGACUAACAACAUUCUUCUUGAUCACAAUUUCUCUGUCAAGGUAGCCGAUUUUGGUCUCUCGAGGCUUGUCCCAAAUAAUGCGACUCAUGUGUCAACAGCUCCUCAAGGAACCCCGGGAUACAUGGAUCCCGAGUAUCACUUGAAUUACCAAUUAACAGAUAAGAGUGACGUUUACAGCUUUGGAGUAGUAUUGAUCGAACUGAUAUCAUCCAUGGUGGCUUUUGAUUUUGAUAGGUCUAGGGAUGAGAUGAUUUUGGCCAAUCUUGCUCUAAACCGGAUCCAGAAGGGUUCAAUUGAUCAGUUAAUCGACCCGGUUUUAGGUUCUGAUUCAGAUGAUGAAAUAAAGAGGAUGAUUACAUCGGUAGCAGAGUUGGCUUUUCAGUGUUUACAGUUUGAUUCAGAAAUGAGGCCUACAAUGAAUGAAGUGUUGAAAGUGUUGAUUGAUAUAAAAACCAAUGGAAGAACAGAUGCCCAUGAGACUACCAUAGAUGCAGAAACCUUGAAACCGCCACCUCUAUCUGAAACGAGCGAUCAGGAGGCUUUGUUGAAAGACUCACUGGCUUCCCCAGUUUCGGUCAUCACCAAUGAAUGGCAAAGUGACGAUAGUGCAUCAACUACCCUAAGCAAUGCAGAUAGAGUGCCGAUAAAGAAUCAUAUUAGUAGAUAAAAUCAUUUUGUAGAUUCAGGAUUAAAGAGUGCUUUUUUUGCCCUAUAUAUAUGCAAGUUUUUUUUUAUAUGGGCAAAGGUAACUUAAAUAGCAGAAAGACGCAUUGUACA